CGCGCAGAAACAGCAAUGGGGCAAACAGUGGGACGUAUGCCUCAUUCAUGGAUCGAUUUACUGGAGGAAAAAGAUCGCGUUUUAUACUGGAGCGGCGAGGUCCUAUCGCGAGUUGCCGAAAAUGUGUAUCAAGAGGAAUCGUUUCUUAUUGAUUACGGCAACGAAAGCAUCGACAAAAAGAUCGACUCGUGGAUGGAAUCGAAUCAGGCGCGGAUCGACAGGAUUUUCAGUAAACACGCUGACUUGCCGCUAUCGUACAAGAUUGAAGUACUAAACGAAAUGGAACAAAUAAAGGAAGAAUUGACGAUGAAAAUGAGAAGCGAUUAUUACCAUGGUUACAAGGACAUAUUGAAGUUUACGAGGAAGGUGGAUUCGUUGGGAGAAAGGCAACGUAGGAUACACGCGAAAAUUCAGAAUCUCGAGAACAUUUGCAAUGGAAAUGUGAAAGAGUUUCGAAGAAAGUUUGGCCCUUUGCGAGUGAAAACGUUCAAGAAUCUGAGAAUAGGAGAAAAAAUGAUAUUCCAAGACAAGAAACUAAAAUCACAGUUUGCUAAACAGGUAUACGACAUCGAUCAUAAAAACGUGGAAGAAUGUGCUAAAUGUAUUGAUAAAUUAAUAAAGAUCAUUGAGAAAGCUGCGCUCAAACAAUGAUGAUAAUAAAUAAAUGAAUAAACGAUAACAAAACUAAAGAUUAAUUUAAGAGAUUUGGAUAUGUAACAUAAAAUUGUAAAAGCAAUUAACGAAAUGAAAUAAAACGAACAUUGUAAGUGUAAAAUGUACAAAAUGGAGACAAAUAAAUAUUAUUACGUACAAGUAUAUCUGAUAUCAUGAA